GCCUGGCUCAGAAGGGAUUUCCCAGGAGCCAUCCAAGGGCAGGUCCUGAAGGCCUUUGGGCGGGGCAGGGCUUGGGGCAGCCGAGGCCUGUUGCACACUUGGGGAAAAGACUUGCCUCCGAGUGGUGCCCACUCUCGUGUGGAACCAAGCCUUCCAAGCCCUUGUGGGGCUGGAGGGUGCUCGGUGGUACCGGGAACCUGUGGUUUCCGUUUCUGUGUUUGCAGAGGGCCCAGUUCCAGCUCCAGCGGUAGGACCCCUGUGGACACCGCGGCGCCGUUCGCUACUUUAGUUUCGGUCCGAGGCUGUAGCUGUGUCUCAGAGGGACCAGCGGCCAUGUGUGGGGCCACCAGCUCCUGCCCCCGGUGCUUUGCUUGGUGCUGCCCCCGCCUUGGGGCCUAGAGACCCUGGGUGAAGCUUCUGGGGCUCAGGUGCUCCCCCGCAGGCCUCAGGCAGACCCUGCUCAUCCCUGUCCUUUCUCCCUGCAGUUUCCUGUCAACAUGGGGGACUCCCACAUGGAUGCCAGCGCCACCGUAUCUGAGACCGUGGCCGAAGAAGUGUCUCUUCUCAGCAUGACGGACAUGAUUCUGUUUUCCCUCAUUGUGGGCCUCCUGACCUACUGGUUCUUCUUCAGAAAGAAAAAAGACGAAGUCCCAGAGUUCACCAAAAUUCAACCAACGACUUCCUCCGUCAAAGACAGCAGCUUUGUGGAAAAGAUGAAGAAGACGGGCAGGAACAUCGUCGUGUUCUACGGCUCCCAGACGGGGACGGCGGAGGAGUUUGCCAACCGCUUGUCCAAGGACGCCCACCGCUACGGGAUGCGGGGCAUGGCUGCAGACCCCGAGGAGUAUGACUUGGCCGACCUGGGCAGCCUGCCGGACAUCGAGAACUCCCUGGCCGUGUUCUGCAUGGCCACCUAUGGUGAGGGGGACCCCACGGACAACGCCCAGGACUUCUACGACUGGCUCCAGGAGACCAACUUGGACCUCACUGGAGUCAAGUAUGCGGUGUUUGGUCUUGGGAACAAGACCUAUGAGCACUUCAAUGCCAUGGGCAAGUACGUGGACAAGCGGCUGGAGCAGCUCGGCGCCCAGCGGAUCUUUGAGCUGGGGAUGGGCGAUGACGAUGGGAACCUGGAGGAGGACUUCCUGACGUGGCGUGAGCAGUUCUGGCCGGCCGUGUGCGAGCACUUUGGGGUGGAAGCCACCGGAGAGGAGUGCAGCAUUCGCCAGUAUGCGCUGGUGGUCCACCCAGACAUAGACCCAGCCAAAGUGUACAUGGGAGAGGUGGGCCGUCUGAAGAGCUAUGAGAACCAGAAACCCCCCUUCGAUGCCAAGAAUCCCUUCUUGGCUGCUGUCACUGCCAACCGGAAGCUGAACCAGGGAACGGAGCGCCACUUCAUGCACCUGGAAUUAGACAUCUCAGACUCCAAACUCAGGUAUGAAUCUGGGGACCAUGUGGCCAUUUACCCAGCCAAUGACUCUACCCUGGUCAGCCAGCUCGGUGAGAUCCUGGGUGCCGACCUGGACGUCGUCAUGUCCCUGAACAAUCUCGAUGAGGAGUCCAACAAGAAGCACCCCUUCCCCUGCCCCACCUCCUACCGCACGGCCCUCACCUACUACCUGGACAUCACGAACCCGCCUCGCACCAACGUGCUCUACGAGCUGGCCCAGCACGCCUCCGAGCCCUCGGAGCAGGAGCAGCUGCGCAGGAUGGCCUCCUCCUCGGGGGAGGGCAAGGAGCUGUACCUGAGCUGGGUGGUGGAGGCCCGGAGGCACAUCCUGGCCAUCCUGCAGGACUACCCGUCCCUGCGGCCCCCCAUCGACCACCUGUGCGAGCUGCUGCCCCGGCUCCAGGCCCGCUACUACUCCAUCGCCUCGUCCUCCAAGGUCCACCCCAACUCCGUGCACAUCUGUGCCGUGGCCGUGGAGUACGAAACCAAGUCCGGCCGCGUCAACAAGGGUGUGGCCACCAGCUGGCUGCGGGCCAAGGAGCCCGCCGGGGAGAAUGGCCGCCGGGCCCUGGUGCCCAUGUUCGUGCGCAAGUCCCAGUUCCGCCUGCCCUUCAAGGCCACCACGCCGGUCAUCCUGGUGGGCCCCGGCACCGGGGUGGCCCCGUUCAUCGGCUUCAUCCAGGAGCGGGCCUGGCUGCGGCAGCAGGGCAAGGAGGUGGGGGAGACGCUGCUCUACUAUGGCUGCCGCCGCUCCGACGAGGACUACCUGUACCGCGAGGAGCUGGCCGGGUUCUGCCAGGACGGCUCCCUCACCCAGCUCAACGUGGCCGUCUCCCGGGAGCAGCCCCACAAGGUCUACGUGCAGCACUUACUGAAGAGGGACAAGGAACACCUGUGGCAGCUGAUCCACGAGGGCGGCGCCCACAUCUACGUCUGCGGGGACGCUCGGAACAUGGCGAGGGAUGUGCAGAACACCUUCUACGACAUCGUGGCCGACGGGGGGGCCAUGGAGCACGCCCAGGCCGUGGACUACAUCAAGAAGCUGAUGACCAAGGGCCGCUACUCCCUGGACGUGUGGAGCUAGGGGCCGCCCGGCCUGCCUCUGCCCCUCGGGCCCCUGCAGACUCGCUUCCCCAUGUAAUCACUUCCCUCGCUCCCUUCUGCCAGUGUCCUGGGUAGUUUCUGCGCGGCCUCGCCCCCGGGAGGCAGGCCCAGGGACAGAGACUGGUCCGGGCCCCAGGCGCACAUGGGCCCCCAGUCAAGAGUGUGUAUUUUGUAAACCCCUCAGGCCCUUGGGGGCUGUACAGAAGGGACUCUUAGUUGAGCUGGGCCCCAACCCCCUCCACGUUAUUUUCAAUGACUGUAAAUAAUUUUAAAUGAUCUUUGGUCCUUGGAAUAAAGUUCUGUUUUCGGUA